UCAAUAUGCAUUUAUUUUUGAUUAAAUAAUCAAUUCUACCUUCUGUUAAAUAUUUUGUCUUCAUUCUCAAUUGAUUUAAUUACUACAGUUAAGUAGACUAAAGUGAUAAUAGUUAUUGAGUAAAUAAACUUUUCAACAAUUGAACCAAAAAAACCUCACCCUAAGCAUUGGUAAUGCAAUUUGCUGUUAACAAUUCUUACUCUCACUUUUUUUGUUUGGGUAAUUGAUCAAAAUUAACGUUUAAUUUGAUCGACACUUGGAUAAUCUGCUAAUAAGCAAUUGCCCAUCAACAUCAUCACCAACACUACCAUCUGAUCCAGCAGAGACCAUGCUUAAAGUAUUCCCAACCAGACGUUAAUUUGAUAUCCGACCACAUUUUCAUUUCUGGUUAUUAUAACAAAAUAUAAAUUUACAAUUAUAAUUUUAACCUUUAAUUUGUUUGUAUCAUCAAUAGUACCAUCGUUUAACCAUCUCUAUAUAUCUCUACUUUGCUGCAAAAUUCACCAGUUAAUUGUGUCAAACCUGGAGAAGGAAAAUUAACGAUUGUAACAAUCCUUUAAUACAAUUUAACCACAACCAAGAUCACCUGGAAUCCAUUUACACCAUUUCUCAAGAUGUUGAUGUCUUCAAGAAAACACUCAAAUUAAAGAAAAAGGAAAAGAGUUUGUUGAUUGGUUGUGCACGAUAUACUCCUGAAUUUAUUUGAUUAUCAUCAUCACCAUUACAGUCAUUCUAUUACCAUUAUAUUGCCAGUUACACAAGCAGAUCAGAAUCACCUUGAAAUAAAGAAAAGUGUAUAAAAUUAUGAAAGAUCAACAUCACAGAUGAAGUGAGAUUAUUGUUGCUAUUCUUACAUUCAUAUGUGUGCUGUGUUAUGCUCAUGGAACUUGGGCAGCUAUCAACCCAUUGUUCCAACUUCUCAGCCAUGAGACAAUUAAUCAAUGGAAUUAAUGUAAAUUGAAUUAAACCAUCUAACCAGUGGGCUGGUUUUGUCGUGUUUAUCCAAUUUUGUGAAUUCUCUUUCUUCACUUUAACCUAUUGUUAUUGUUGUUGUUAUUUUUCACGCAAGGUUUUCCCUUCAACCCGUUGUUAUUCAAAUUGAAAAUGAGAGGACAACAAUAAGCUUACAUUUUAGUAAAUAAAGAAACAAACAAAUUACGAUUAUACAAGUUGCUGGAAAUCAAAUCAUCAUCAUCUCACACCAGCAUUACAACUGCUUAAUUUGUUGCCAAAAACAAAAACACAUGAACAUUGUUAUAUUCAAAGCCUAGUAAAUUCAAUAAUCGGAAAGUGAGCACGAAAUUUGUAUGCUCAUUAAAUUAACACCAGAUAGUCGAUUGGAAGUUAUUGGACCCAACAGAUAAUCAAUAUUUCACUCGCAAGAUGGGAACAGACACUAAUGGACAUUGGUCAAACUCGACUAUCAAUUCAUCACCAGAUUAUACAUCAAAUGGUUCGGCUCCUCUCAAUGGUUCCUUGUCCAUUGAAGCUCAAAAUGUUUAUGAGAUAAUGACUAUUGAAUCCAAAUGGAACUCGCCUAAAAUUCAUGUUGCUUCGGAUCCACCAUUUUGUAAAACCUGUGAACAGUUGGAUACAACCUUUUUUAACAUUCAGUGUCACAAUUGUCGUGAAAUUUUAACCAAUCCGGAUACAACGAUAUCACAGUUGUUUGCCAUUCUCAGACAAUGGGUUCCUCAAAUUCAAUAUUGUAUUGAAUUACUUGUCGCAGAGAUACUCAAACGUGGUGCUCAUCAUAAUGACAAAGAUGGUUUAACUGACAUGACACUUCUUCAUUAUGCUUGUAAAGCGGGCUCUUCUGGAGUGGGUGAUGUUCGUGCUGCUUUAAGAACGGUUCAUCUUUUGAUCUCCAAAGGAGCUGAUCUAUCAAUACGAUGUCGCUGGACCGAUAUGGCUGCGAUUCAUUAUGCCGUUUAUUUUGAUGUCUCCGAGAUUGUUGACUAUCUAUUGACCAUCAGUGACCGUGCUUGUAUUGAUGAUGUUUGCCAUGAUUUUGAAGGUGGAACCCCUUUACACAUUGCAGCAGCCAAUUUGUGCAUUGAUUCAGUUAAAGUGCUUCUAAAACAUGGAGCCAAUGUACUCCUCAAAGAUGAUCAUGGUCGAACAGCUCUAGACUGUGUUCCCGACCCAACAACUCUUCUCAAUUCAUGUAUACUUUCAAAACAGGGUGCUGUUGAGGUUGCGACUGAAUUACGUGCACUUCUGGAGAAAGCUUUUCUCUCCACUAUUCCUGGUGAAACAUUCACCUUUGAAGGCCCAGUUACCGGUAAGGUUGUCCUUCAAGCAUUGGGUCUUCAAUUAGGUGAUAAAGUCGCCAUAAAUGGAGUUAAAUCAGGAAUACUCAGAUUCUGUGGGGCCACACAAUUUGCUUGUGGAAUCUGGGCUGGAAUUGAACUUGAAGAACCAGAGGGUAAACAUGACGGAACUUUUCAAGGAGUUACUUACUUUAGAUGUCCACCAAAUCACGGUAUAUUUGCACCGAUCAGUAAAAUUUGUAGAUAUGAUAAUCUUUGGCGGAAUAUUAGAGGAACAAAUCAAACCGUUAGAAUUGUUAACCAUCCUGGUGUCGAUGUUUCUCGUGUAACACCAAAAGUUGAAACAGGUCUGAAUUCGUUGAAAUAUCGUUCUGCUAAUGUAGCUGAAGUUGGAGAUAAAGUUGUGUUGGUGGAUAAGCGAAUCGGAGUUGUGAGAUUUGUUGGAGAAACAUCAUUUGCCUCUGGAAUUUGGUAUGGAAUCGAAUUGUCGAAACCUAUUGGAAAAAAUGACGGAUCCAUUGAAGGAGUCAAAUAUUUUGACUGUAAACCAUCUCAUGGACUGUUUGUUCCUCCUGGACGGAUACUUCGAGUAACCAAAAGUCCGCAAAAACCUAUUGAUGAGAUAUUUGCUGAUGAUGAAAGCUCAGAAUGUAGUUUAAGUUUGAGCCGCAGUUCGUCUGAAAGAGCCAAAAGUCCUUUAACUAUGCGUCGUCUGAGAUCAAGAUCUUCCCUUAAAUCAUCUUCAUUUUCACCCACCUCGUAUCCAGUCACAUCUUCAAAUAAUCUCAACUCAUUACCACCAACCAAUAACAAUUCAUCUUCCUGGUUAACUCUUGGUGUUAAUGUUUUUGUUAACAAUGAAGUUGGAGUUGUUAGAUAUAUUGGACCAGUUGACUUUGCUGAUGGUAUUUGGCUUGGUUUAGAGUUAAGAAGUGCCAAUGGUAAAAAUGAUGGAGCCGUCCAAGGAAAACGUUAUUUUACUUGUAAACCUGGACAUGGCCUAUUGGUCAGACCAAAAAAAGUAUCCGUCCGAGGUAUUAAUGGAUCAAAGCUGUUGCCUGCUGGUUGAAUCUCGUUUCAGCAUUUAUUUUUGUUAAAGAAACAAAAUGAGAUUAUCAAUUAUAACAAUUGCAUUUCAUCUUGGCAUUUAAUUCACAAGAAGAAACUAUAUUCAAUCAAUUAAUAUUGCUACCAAUCAUGAAGAUAAUUGACCAACAAUCGAUUUACCUUAAAAUUAUCCAAUCUUUUUCAAUCAAAAAUAUUGAAUCGAAUAAUUAUUUUAAUUCAACGGACUAGCUGAUAAUUCAAAUCAUGAAUGGACUCUUUCACUUUGCACUCACUAAUUAAGAUCUCUCUUGUAUUUCGUUUAUUCAUCCUUUACUAUUUUCACCUUCACUUUCAAAUUCGCCAUUAUUUAUCAACUAAACUCAGUCACAUUCAAUUGGCUCAAUUUACUGCAUUUGUACAUCUGUAUUUGAUUACUUUUUCAUCUCAUCACCUGUGACGGAUUUAACUAACUCUGCAUUAUAUAAGAAAGUUCAACUUGAUUCAAACAUUUAUCGAUUUUUGAUGUUUCUUAACUGCUUUUGUGUGCAGUUAUGGAUAAUUUGUCAACACAAACGGGUGAUGGACAAACAAACGACAACAGUAGCACUGUGUUAUAUAAACUGUGAUAACUUGGUUAGAGAUGCAGCUAAAUAUUUUGUUGGAAGGAAACUGAUCUCUACUGGUAAAGAGAUAUUCACGUCCCAAUGACUAAAAUGCAUUGUUUUUGUACUUUGAUUUUUCGAUAAACUAUUUAAAACUCUUGUCAAGUGUUACAUUUUGACCGCAAAAUGUUUUGAGAGAUUGAAUAAAAAAUUUUCUAUACAAUA